CCACAUCAUCCUCUCUUCUUGUCGUUCACAUCUCUCUUCUCCUCCUAAGCCUCUUCUCCUCCUUAGAUAUCCAAUCCCUCUAUUCACAUCACAUCUGCAAAUAUGACGGAACGACUGAAAUCCAUCGUCUCUCAGAUCACUCCCGCCCAGAGCGGCGUUUCCGCCAUCACUACACAGAACCCCGAUGACAUUGUCAUCACUCUCGCUAUCCGAACACCCCUCGCGAAGGCCUUCAAGGGAGGAUUCAAGGACACACCGCUCGAUGGCAUCGUCGUCAAGAUCUUGAAGCAGGUUGUCGCAAAGUCGAAUCUGGACCCUGCGCUCGUUGAGGACAUUUGCCUGGGAAAUGUCUCCGACGCAAAGGCCGCCUACUACUGCCGUGCUGCUAUGCUUGGCGCUGGCUUUCCCAUCACCACCUCCGGCUCCUCCGUGAACCGUUUCUGCAGUUCUGGUCUUAAGGCUGUGCAGGACAUCGCCAACCAGAUCUCUCUCGGCCACAUCGAAAUCGGACUUGCGCUCGGCGCCGAGUCCAUGACCCAGGGUGGUGACAGGCUCGAGCGACCCUUCUUCGACGAGAUCCUCCAGAACCAGGAUGCUGCGGACUGCAUGCAGCCCAUGGGACAGACUUCUGAGAACGUCGGCAAGGACUUCAACAUCUCAAGAGAGAGGCAGGACAGGUUUGCUACCGAGUCUUACAGGAAGGCAGAGGUCGCACAGAAGGCAGGAUGGACUGAGGACGAGAUCGUCCCAAUCCAGGUACACAUCAAGGACCCCAAGACCGGCGAGGUCAAGCAGGUUACUCUGACCAAGGAUGAGGGACCACGAUGGGGAACCACCUUCGAGGCCCUGAACAAGAUCCGACCUGCAUUCAUGCCCCACGGAGACAAGUCGACUGGUGGCAACUCUUCCCAGGUCACUGAUGGUGCCGCAGCUGUGCUUCUUAUGAAGCGAUCCAAGGCAAAGGAGCUCGGCCAACCCAUCCUGGGCAAGUUCGUCGGAGCCACCGUUGCUGGACUUGCGCCCCGCAUCAUGGGUAUCGGCCCUUCGGUCGCCAUUCCCAAGCUUUUGAAUAAGUUCAACCUCACUCUCGACGACAUUGACCUCAUCGAGAUCAACGAGGCUUUUGCAUCCAUGGCUGUCUACUGCCAGGAGACUCUCAAGAUUGAUCCCGCGAAGCUCAAUGUCCGUGGUGGCGCCAUCGCACUGGGUCACCCUCUCGGCUGCACAGGUGCACGACAGAUCGUCACUGGACUCAGCGAAGCCAGGAGACAGAAGAAGAAGAUUCUCUUGACGAGUAUGUGUAUUGGAACCGGCAUGGGUAUGGCUGGUCUUUUCGUCAACGAGCAAUUGUAAUUUGAGAUGGCAUGUAAAAAUCUGUUUAGCAUUUUCGUAAAAUCUGAAAUAUUUUGAGCGCACCCGA